UAACAUGUCAGCAAACAACACGGAGGGGGAGUGAACUUGUGGGCAGCAGUCAUAUUUUGGGGAAACAUUUUUAUAUUGACAGCUAGUUGGGUUCACGGCUGCUUAAAGCUGGCUGCCAUCUGUUUGGCUGUUCAGUAGAUGUCCAGCCAUCCCGACACAACAGGUGGAAUGUCCCAUGCUGGCCCCUCCCCAGGGGCCGGGCUAUCCCCAGGGCCAGACCCCUCCCCAGGCUCUGUCCACAGCAUGAUGGGUCCCAGCCCCGGCCCAGGGACGCCUAAUGCUCCCCACGGUAUUCAGAGUCAGGGAGAGUACUCUCAAGAUGGCAUGUAUGGGAUGCACAAGUCCAUGGAGGGAAUGAGUGACAAGCCCAUGGCUGAUCCAAUGCACUUUGGUCACAUGAAAAAUGUUGGAAUGAGAUCUUUGCAUAGUGGUAUGGGACCUCCACAGAGUCCAAUGGACCCACAUAGCCAAGGAUACAUGUCACCCCAUCCAUCACCCAUGGGAGUGCAUGAACAUGCUUCCAGUCCUAUGUCAGGAGGCGGUGGAGGGCCCACACCUCCUCAUAUUCCUCCCUCACAAUCUGGCCCUCUGAUGUCUAUGGAACCCCAGGGAACUAUGGGGCCAAACAUGUCUGGCAUGGGUCAGCCAGGCCGUGGACCCUCUGCUUUCAGUCCGGUUCAACUCCAACAGUUGCGAGCUCAGAUUCUUGCCUAUAAAAUCUUGGGCCGAGGGCAACCCUUGCCUGAAAACCUUCAGUUGGCAGUUCAGGGUAAGAGGUGUCUUCCCACAAUGCAACAGCAACCACAACAACAGCAGCCACAACAAGCACCUGGGUCUAGUCCUUAUAAUAGAUCAGGAAUGGGUGUUCCACCUAUGUGUGGUCCACAGUCAAGUCCUUGUACCACACCAGCAAUGCAAGGGCACAGCCAGAGUGCAGUCCCAAAGACUUGGCCAGAGGGUCAGAGUGGGGAUAGUCAGAGCACCCCUCAAAAGCACCUGACUCCAGCUGCUGGUGGGAGGCCGUCUCCUGCCCCCCCUCAGGGCCCUGGUGUACCUGGUCCCAUCCCAGGCAGCUCAUUGACCCCCCAACCCUCUGCACAGCCAGUGUCUCCUAUGCUGCAGAUGCAACAGAAACAAAACCGUGUCACCCCAAUCCAGAAACCUCAAGGCUUGGAUCCAGUGGGAAUACUCCAGGAGAGAGAGUACAGACUGCAGGCAAGGAUUGCUCAUCGUAUACAGGAACUAGAAAGUCUACCAGGCUCUUUGCCUCCUGACUUAAGAACUAAAGCAACUGUGGAGCUCAAAGCACUGCGUCUGCUCAACUUUCAGCGGCAGCUGAGACAAGAUGUUGUGGCAUGCAUGAGGCGAGACACGACCCUGGAGACGGCUCUCAACUCAAAGGCCUAUCGACGCAGUAAGAGGCAGACACUGAGGGAGGCACGUAUGACCGAGAAACUGGAGAAGCAGCAGAAACUGGAGCAAGAGAAGAAACGCAGGCAAAAACACCAGGAGUAUCUGAAUAGCAUCCUUCAACAUGCAAAAGACUUUAAAGAAUAUCACAGGUCAGUCUCUGGCAAAAUCCAGAAAUUGACCCGAGCAAUUGCCACAUGGCACACCAACACAGAGCGAGAACAGAAGAAGGAGACGGAGAGGAUUGAGAAGGAGAGAAUGAGGAGACUUAUGGCAGAAGAUGAAGAAGGCUACAGAAAAUUAAUUGACCAAAAGAAAGACAAACGUCUGGCCUACCUCCUCCAGCAGACUGAUGAAUAUGUUGCUAAUCUCACCACUCUGGUGUAUGAACAUAAAGCAGCUCAAGCUGCCAAGGAGAAGAAGAAGAAAAAGAAGAAAAAGAAGAAGGUGGAUGGAGAAACUGAAGGCACCAGUGCCAUUGGACCAGAUGGAGAGCCCAUGGAUGAGAGCAGCCAGAUGAGUGAGCUUCCAGUCAAAGUUAUUCAAACAGAGACAGGGAAGGUUUUGCAGGGAACAGAUGCCCCAAAGUCUAGCCAGCUUGAGGCCUGGCUUGAAAUGAAUCCUGGUUACGAAGUUGCACCACGUUCAGACAGUGAAGAGAGUGGCUCUGAAUUUGAAGAAGAGGAGGAUGAUGAGGCAUCCAAAGGAGAAGGAGAGGAAAAGAAGAAAGUUGAUGGAGAUGAUGCGUCUGUGAAAAAUGCCAAGAACAUUAUUGAGACAGCCAAGCAGGAUGUGGAUGAUGAGUACAGUGUUGACACUGGAACUACCUGCUCCCAAUCCUACUACGGUGUGGCCCACGCGGUGACUGAGAAAGUGGACAAGCAGUCUUCACUGCUUAUCAAUGGUACACUCAAACAGUACCAGAUCCAGGGCUUAGAGUGGCUGGUGUCCCUGUACAAUAACAAUCUGAACGGUAUCUUGGCUGAUGAAAUGGGCCUGGGCAAAACCAUCCAAACCAUUGGCCUUAUCACCUACCUGAUGGAGUACAAAAGGCUCAACGGGCCAUAUCUGAUCAUCGUCCCCCUUUCCACUCUGUCAAACUGGGUUUAUGAACUUGACAAGUGGGCUCCAUCAAUUGUUAAAAUCGCGUACAAGGGCACACCUGGUUUACGCCGCGGACUGGUGCCACAGCUCCGUAGUGGGAAAUUCAAUGUUCUGCUGACCACUUAUGAAUAUAUAAUUAAGGACAAGCAUAUUCUUGCCAAGAUCCGUUGGAAGUACAUGAUAGUGGAUGAAGGCCACCGCAUGAAGAACCAUCACUGUAAACUGACCCAGGUACUUAACACUCACUAUGUGGCACCACGGCGCAUCCUCCUGACGGGCACGCCCCUCCAGAACAAAUUACCUGAACUCUGGGCACUGCUCAACUUCCUGCUGCCCACCAUCUUCAAGAGCUGCAGCACUUUUGAGCAGUGGUUUAAUGCUCCGUUUGCAAUGACAGGAGAGCGGGUUGAUUUGAAUGAAGAGGAGACUAUCCUGAUCAUUCGCCGUCUGCACAAAGUGCUGCGCCCGUUCCUGCUUCGCAGGCUCAAGAAGGAAGUGGAGUCUCAACUACCAGAAAAGGUGGAAUAUGUCAUUAAAUGUGACAUGUCUGCGAUCCAGAAGGUUUUGUACCGCCACAUGCAAAAAGGCAUCCUGCUCACUGAUGGCUCAGAGAAAGACAAGAAGGGAAAAGGUGGAGCUAAGACGUUAAUGAACACCAUCAUGCAACUGAAAAAGAUCUGCAAUCAUCCGUACAUGUUCCAGCACAUCGAGGAAUCGUUUGCUGAGCACUUGGGUUAUCCAAAUGGAAUCAUUAGUGGCCCUGAUCUUUAUCGAGCUUCUGGGAAGUUUGAGCUUCUGGACCGGAUCUUGCCAAAGUUACACGCCACCGGCCACAGAGUUCUGCUGUUUUGCCAGAUGACCUCACUGAUGACCAUAAUGGAGGACUAUUUCAGCUACAGAAACUUCCAGUACUUGCGACUGGAUGGGACCACAAAAUCUGAGGACAGAGGCAUGCUUCUGAAGAAGUUUAAUGAGGAGGGAUCGCAGUAUUUCAUCUUCCUGCUGAGUACUCGGGCUGGAGGUCUGGGUCUGAACCUGCAGGCUGCUGACACUGUCGUCAUCUUUGACAGCGACUGGAACCCACACCAGGACCUUCAGGCGCAGGACAGAGCACAUCGUAUUGGUCAGCAGAAUGAAGUGCGUGUGCUCCGACUGUGCUCCGUCAACAGUGUGGAGGAGAAAAUCCUCGCAGCUGCAAAAUACAAGCUCAAUGUAGAUCAGAAGGUGAUCCAGGCCGGCAUGUUUGACCAGAAGUCAUCCAGUCACGAGCGACGCGUCUUCCUGCAGGCCAUCCUGGAGCAUGAGGAGCAAAACGAGGAAGAAGACGAAGUGCCCGAUGAUGAAACUCUUAACCAGAUGAUUGCCCGCAAUGAGGAUGAGUUUGAGCUGUUUAUGCGCAUGGACAUGGAUCGACGCAGAGAAGAUUCUAGAAACCCAAAGCGUAAGCCACGUCUGAUGGAGGAGGAUGAGCUGCCAUCUUGGAUAAUCAAAGACGAUGCCGAGGUGGAGCGUUUGACUUAUGAAGAGGAGGAGGAGAAGAUGUUUGGUCGAGGCUCGCGCUGUCGCAGAGAUGUGGACUACAGCGACACUCUGACGGAGAAGCAGUGGCUUCGGGCCAUUGAGGAUGGAAACCUGGAGGAGAUGGAGGAGGAGAUCAGGCUGAAGAAGCGCAAACGUAAGAGGCGCCAGGAUAAGGACUCGAGCCGAGAGGACGGAGGCACCAAGGCCAAGAAAAGACGUGGGCGUCCACCAGCUGAGAAAUUCUCCCCCAACCCCCCGAAACUCACCAAGCAAAUGAACACCAUCAUCGACACAGUCAUCAACUACAGAGAUGGAUCAGGAAGACAGCUCAGUGAGGUCUUUGUCCAGUUGCCGUCCAGGAAGGAGCUCCCAGAAUAUUAUGAGCUCAUCCGAAAACCUGUGGAUUUUAAGAAGAUCAAGGAGCGUGUGCGAAACCAUAAAUACAGAAGUGUGGGAGAUCUGGAGAAGGACGUCAUGCUUCUUUGUCACAACGCUCAGACCUUCAACCUCGAAGGCUCUCAGAUUUACGAGGACUCCAUUGUGCUGCAGUCAGUGUUCAAAAGUGCCAGACAAAAGAUCGCUAAAGAAGAGGAGAGUGAUGAUGACAGCGAAGAUGACGAUGAUGAAGAUGAUGAGUCGGAGUCUGAUGCCAAGUCGAUGCGCGUUAAGAUCAAGCUGAGCAAAGAGUCACGUGGCCACGAUAAAGGCAAGAAGCGCAGCAGCCGUGGGAAGGCCAAGCCAGUGGUCAGCGACGACGACAGUGAUGAGGACCAGGAUGAUAAUGAUCAGUCUGACGCGAGCAAGAGCGAUUAUGAGUGACGGUGCCGUCGCCUGGAUCCUGUUUAUAGCACAGACAAUACUCUCCCAUGCAUAUUCAAUCUCCCUUUGUCUCUAGUGCAGUGCUUGUCCCACAACUAUAAGAGCUAUAGCAAUAACAAUCUGCAUUUAACCCUCUUUUUAACAAAGUUUUUGUAUAAUUAUUUUUUAACUUUGUGCUUUAAGACAAUUCAAAAACCAGGUUGUAGUAUACCUGCUUUUACAUGAUUUGUUACGGCUUGCAUGCACUUUUAAAAUGUAUUAUUCAUAUCUAAAUUCUAAAGAACCUUUUUAAAAAGAAAAUAUAUUUAAAAUGAAAGAAAAUGGGCAAUCAUGAUAAACACACAGCACUUGUUCAACUCUGCCAAAAGACGAUUAAACAAAAGUAAAUGACAUAUUGAUUGUGAGAAAAUAUAAAUCUGAAUCGUUCGAGCCAACAACGCAACUUGUGAGUUUCGCAAAAGUAGUCGAGAUGGCCAUGUUUCUUGCUUUUUAAACUGCUUUUAUUAUUAACAUUUAACCUUGCAUUGUACACAAGCUACUGGCUAUAGCUAGCUCAUAUACUUCAUGUAAUCAUUUGUCUAUAGGGCUUUUGAAGUUCAAUCUAUUCAAUGCCAGGGCCUAUGUAAUAUCAGAUGUAAUGGGCCUGUGCACCAUCAGAUAUAAUGCCACAUUUCUCAGAACAUAUAGAGACGCUAUCAUCUCCUGCUAAACUGAAGCUUAGAUAACGGGUUUCCAUCUUCCACUCAACACAAUGGUACAUUUUAAACUCUGCGUUAGAAUGACAUGUAAUUCUGUGAGCAUUUGGAGCCCUCUGUUAUGGUUGAGUUAUAUGUUUGACUGUAGCAUGCCUUUGCUGUGUACUCCUCAUUUUAGUUGUGUUUCGUGCUAGUCGGCUGUCUUUAAGUGUUAACCGUUGCUUUCUUUGCACAGUGUCUUUGUGGUUGUAUUUCAUAGCCCAGGGCAAAUAAAAUCGUAACCGAUUUUCAGCACAAA